AUGGCAACGGUCAACAAUGAGAACCUCGUAUUCUAUCCCGCGUUCUGCUUCAAGGCCUCACCAACGCACUUUACCUGGGUGAAAAUGGGUGCAGCUGAUGUGCAUCGUCUCCGAAAAUCGAGUGACUUUGUGGGCCAAAACAUCUUCUUCUACAACAACCACCCAAUCCAAUUCGUCAGCCUAGUAGGCGUUAUAGUGGCGCGAACUGAUAUCCCACGACGCACAAUUCUAACACUAGACGACAGCAGCGGCGCAACAAUCGACAUAGCCGUACUAAAAAAGACCUCACCAAAACCCAGCAUUACUAGUCAAGCAACUCCCACCACUAGCCAGGGAGACCCGACCACAAGCCAAGAAAAAACAGAAUGGUCUUCAUUCUCCCUCACAGCGCCAGCAGCCACCAGUCUCACCCAAGAAACACACUUAACCUUCAAAGACCACGACGAGAUAGACAUCUCAGCUUUGCAACCAGGAACGCUUGUCCGAGUAAAAGGGACACUGUCAACCUUCCGAUCGCAGAUGCAGUUACAUCUCGAGCGGUUCUGGCUCGUGCGUGAUACGAACGCCGAAAUGCAGUUCCUGGAUACCCGUCUGCGGUUCCUUAUUGAGGUCUUGUCUGUGCCGUGGGUGUUGACUGACGAGGAGGUCGAGGACUUACAUGGUGACGCUGAGAGGUGUGAUGAGCGCGUCUUGGAGGAUAAGAGGCGUGCGGAGAGGAUUGCCAGGAAGAGGAUUGAGCGUGAGGAGAGACAUGCCAAGGCUAUUGCGCGCCGGUAUGAGAAAGAAGAGAAUGAGCGGGAGAGGGAGCUCAAAAAAAUUAGAGAGGAUGGGGAGAGGGUUAUGAGGAGGUUUGGGUUUGGGGAUGCAGAGUGA